AUGGCCGCGAGUGCGAACCCGUCAGGGAAUAAUCAAGAAGGGACGAGCAAUGGGAAUGGCGCCACCAAUAACGGUGGUGGUGUUGCGGUGCCGGAGAAUUCGGUUGUGGGCCCGAUUCAGGCAGCGUUGAGGCACAACCCGGGUAUCUCUGUUGAAUGGACUCCCGAGGAGCAGUCCCUAUUGGAAGAAUUGCUCUCCAAAUAUGCCUCAGAAACCAAGAUAGUUCGUUAUGCUAAAAUUGCAAUGCAAUUAACAGAUAAGACAGUUCGGGAUGUGGCAUUGCGAUGUAGAUGGAUGAGUAAAAAGGAAAAUGGCAAACGAAGGAAAGAUGAUCAUAAUUCUGCAAGAAAAAAUAAGGACAAAAAGUCUCAGGAAAGAGUUACAGAUCCUUUGCUUAAAUCUUCUCAUUUGGCAAACCGUUCCAAUGGUCCUCCAUAUACUCCAUCAGUGAUUUCCAUGGACGGUGAUGAUGGCAUCCCCUACAAAGAUAUUGAAAUCCAAGUUCAACUGAAGGAUCUUAGAUUAUUUGUUGAGCUUUGA